AUGUCAUCAUCUGAAGACUUCAGAUUGCGGAGAAAGGUUGGACAGCUAUUUGCAGUCGGCUUUCAUGGUUAUACUCCAAGCACCGAAAUCAAAACGCUGAUAAGAGAUUAUGGGCUGGGUGCUAUCAUCUUGUUCAGAAGGAAUAUCAAGGAUGCUGCCCAACUUCAGGCCCUGACACUUGCCCUGCAACAUGAAGCCAAAGAAGCAGGCCACGAAUAUCCCCUCUUCAUCGGCAUUGACCAAGAGAAUGGUCUAGUAACAAGAAUCACACCCCCAAUCGCUGCCCAACAACCAGGACAAAUGACACUCGGCGCUACCCAAUCAACUGCAAAUGCAUACGACGUCGGAAAAUGCACUGGGGAAAUGCUCAACUUCUUCGGAAUAAACAUGAACUACGCGCCAGACUGCGAUGUCAAUUCAGAGCCUCGGAAUCCCGUGAUUGGUGUUCGAAGUCCCGGGGAGGACCCCAACUUUGUCGCUAGAAUCGCAAGUGCGACUGCACGUGGUCUUCGAGAGAGUGGCGUUGUGCCUACGGUGAAGCAUUUUCCGGGCCACGGAGAUACAGCUGUUGAUUCACAUCAUGGACUUCCUGUUAUCACAAAGUCUCGAAGUGAACUUGAGAGAUGUGAGUUGAUCCCGUUCAGAAGAGCGGCGGCCGAGGGUAUUGAAGUUGUCAUGACGGCCCAUAUCGCUCUACCCAAGAUAACGAGUGGGCCAGGGUCAGAGGGUCUACCGGCAACUCUUUCCUCGGAGGCGUUGGGCAUUUUGCGAGAUGAUAUGAAGUAUGAUGGUGUCAUUAUAACCGACUGUCUAGAAAUGGAUGGUAUUCGUGGAACUUAUGGGACCGUUGAAGGAGCUUUGAUGUCUCUGAAAGCGGGGAGUGAUAGUGUGAUGAUUUGCCAUACAUAUAAUGUGCAAGUGAAGUCCAUUGAGCGAGUCGUUGAAGCGGUACAAUCAGGAAAAUUGCCAGAGUCACGUAUCAAUGAAUCCUUGCGCCGUAUCACAUCUUUAAAAGGAAAAUCCCUGAGUUGGAAACACGCGUUGCGCUCUGCAGAUAUGUCAUCACUAGAUGAGUUACAGGCAAUGAAUCAAAGACACCAGCAGAUUGCAGAAAGGGUAUACUCGCAAUCGACAACCGUGGUCAGAAACAACCUGGGAGUCUUGCCAAUAACGAAACCCGUCUCGGAUGUAUUGUUGCUCACACCGGGAGGAAAGAUUCCAGCCGGGGGUGCAGUCGACGAUGGUGGUCCUGAGCACAAAACCUACAUCGAAGUACUCCGACAAGAUAUAGGAGACAUGACUUCAUCUGUAACACAAGUCGAUUACCCAGAUGGAGGAGAGCUCUUGGAGGAGCACUGGAGGAUGAUCGAAAAUGAUGAUGCUAUUGUCAUUCUGGUGACCAGAAAUGCAAAAGAGGCAGAGGGACAGAGAAGCUUUGCUCUGGAAGUCGCCAAACGCCGCAAGGAUGUGAUUGUGAUUGCUACUUGUAGCCCUUAUGAUUUCCUUGAUGAUGAGAAAUCGGUACAGACAUAUGUUACUACGUAUGAAGCAACUGUGGAGGCAUUCAAAUCUGCCAUUGAGGUGAUCUUUGGCAGAGUACCUGCAAAGGGGAUGUUACCAGUGAGCUCAACCUCAAACAAGCAACGAGAUCCCAGUUUCAAAACCCUACCUUUAUGUGAAUCUCAAAAAGGCCCAAUGAUUGAUGGCAUACUGAAAGUUUGGGACGCGGCACUCCCUAACUAUCCACUACCAGCCGAUAAUUUACGCACAGUAAUCGACCAAUCUCACGCACACCAUUUCAUUGCUCAAGACACACAAACCGCCACAAUCAUUGGAUUCUGUCUAUCUUAUACCUCCCAAAACCAGGGUCAAACCUCCGCCGAAAUCGCCGUCAUUGCAGUCCAUCCCACAGAACAACACAAAGGCAUUGGCACCAAACUCCUAUCCGCAACGAGGGAAUAUCUAUACGAAAAUCACGGAUGCAAGAAUGCUUCGUUGAGGAGUUAUUUUCCUCGUUUCUGGCCUGGUUUGCCAGCUGAUUUGGCGCCGGAAGUUGAGCAGUUCUUUGUGCAUCGUGGAUUUCGAUUGCGUCGGGGCGGGGAUGCAGAUCUUUAUCAGGAUAUCAGGGAUUUUGUCCCCCCACAGCAGUAUAUCGACAAAGCCCUUGCUGCUGGUGUGACAUACAAGGUGAUAGAGGCUCCUGAGGAGUUUGAGGAUUGUCUUCUUGGACAGAAACGUAAUUUUGCUCAUUACACGGGCUGGGUCGAAACUUAUAUCUCCCUGCAUCCCUCCAAACACCCAUCAAGUAUAAUGGCAGCCUUCGAUAAACACACUGGCACGCAAAUCGCAUGGACUCUUAUGCUUUCUCCAGACGACGACUUUGUCGCUCAUAACUGGGCUUUCCCUCCCUUAGCAAGUGGCAAUCUAUCUCUCAAAACGGGGAUCAUAGGUUGUGUGGGUGUAGAUGAAUUACACAGGAGCAGAGGUGUCGGUCUGGCUUUGUUGUGUCAUGCUAUACAGGAUAUGAAGAAGAGAGGUGUUGAGGCUGUUUUUGUUGAUUCGACGGAUAAGGUGGAUUGCCUCAACGCACAAGAUCACGCCCUCUCGGACCACGUCCACCGGUAUCUGAACUAUCACGAAGACCAACUCGCCGCGAGACUCAAGCCCAAGACAGUCAACGACGGGGCCAAGAAGAUGACAGAUUCCAACGACCGAUACGACGCCCAUCUGGACCACGAGACCCAGCACGACGACCAACAACAGCACUCAGCGCACAAGAAUCCUACGGCGCCAUGA